AUGCCCGUCUGCAUGAAUAAUCGUUUUCUUGCUCAUCAAGUUUCAAUUUAUUAUAUAGAUAGCAAGGUUGGAAGGCCUACAAGCAUUCUACUCUCCACAUCUAUUUCCCAUGUCUCUGCAACAGAAAGCCCUGUUCUUCCCCAAAAGCAGGGCAACUUUGAGCUUAGCUCCCGCAGCAUCCCCAAUCCUGGGGUCGGGCAGCUCCUGAUCAAGAUUCAAUCUGCAGCUCUGAACCCAGUUGACUACAAGAUCCAGGACACAGAGGUGGUUGCGAUCCAAUACCCUGCCGUCCUGGGAACGGAUAUUGCCGGGACUGUCGAGGAACUAGGGGAAGGUGUCGAGAACUUCCGCAAAGGCGAUAGAGUAGUGGCGCAUGGCAAGUUCACCAAUGACUUUACUGCAUUUCAGCAGUAUACUUUGACCGCUACGAGCUUUACAGCAAAUAUUCCCGCAAGCGAGUCCUUCGAUAGCGCAGCCACUAUUCCUGUGGGUUUAGAUACUGCGCUGGUGGGCUUGUAUGGAAAACAUUAUGGUGCCGGUGUAACCCCUCCUUGGACGGAAAAUGACAGUGGUCAUGAAUCAAAGAAACCAAUUGUCAUCCUCGGUGGUUCUUCCUCUGGGUUCAUACGUAUUGCAGCUAUCCAACUCGCUCGUCUGUCCGGAUUCUAUCCUAUCAUCACUACAGCCUCUGCAAGCAAUGAAGAGCUUGUCAAGGGCUACGGCGCAACACAUUUCUUUGAUCGCAGCCUUUCUGGAAAACAAUUACUGGCGGCCAUCAGCGAAGUUACUGACGACCCUAUCAAACUUGUUUAUGACGCCAUCUCGUUGCCAGAAACACAGUCCGUUGGAUGGGAAUUGCUUGCAGAUAAUGGCACGCUCAUAUUAACGCUUUAUGCGAAAGUCAAAGAAGAUGAAGGCAAGGGACGCAAGAUUGUUCAGGCAUUCGGAAACCCACAUGCCCCCGAAAAUGAGGAGCUGUGCCGCAACUCUUGGGCUAGGCUUGAGAAGUGGUUUUCAGACGGUACCAUACAGCCGAGCAAAUAUGAAGUCCUCCCAAAUGGGCUUGAAGAUCUGCGUCAGCAGUAUGUCUGUCCAUCUGAAGCGAAAGAUGCUAUUCGAAGAGCAGUUUGGAUUGAACUACCCCCUUCUACGAUUUAUUGUAAGAAGAAGCAGAACGCGCUCUGGCGGCUCCUGCAAGAGAUCUUAGUUCGGUCGGGCGAUAUCAUUGUCUUCGACUGGAUCAGACAAUCUUCCGAGUUCAAUAUUAAUAACUGUCUUCCAGCCCGUAUUACCUCUCAUACCGUUCCUCCGCGCACCCUUUUAUCUUUGUCUGAAGAUCAUAUCCGCACCCAGGUUGAACAGCUGAGAACUCCCCGCUUCGGAAACUUGCAGACUUACAUUUCAUUUCUUGUCACAGAAGUCAGAUGGAGGUGCGAUCUAGCCCAGGAGAGUGCCAUCGCAUAUGAAAUCAAGGCAGAUGGACCUCACGACCUGCUGAUCCCGUCAAAUUCCAUUCAAUAA